CAGCGUUUGGCCACGUCUUUUUUACGUCCUCAAGCUCUGUUUACAGCUAAUGAUUACGCACUAGUAGCAAAACAACGUUGCAUACUAGGUUUAACAGUACAGUAAUGUAAUUAGGCAUUUAAGGUCAGCGCCGACGUGCGCGUAGAUCCGAUGACAGGGAGUGGUCCUAAGGAUGCCUCAUAAUAUAUCUGAUGGCUACAAUUGAUAAAUAAAAGCCAGGGUCUCACGUCAUGUGGUUACCACGCUCUUCGCCCAGCUUAGACGUGGUUAGAGCAGGACUUGGAUGCCUGCUAGUGUUCCUACAAGCACGCGCUGCAUCGUAUGCGUCUGCACAGCAAGUUGAGCGACGGCCUUUCUUCAUUGGGCCAGCGUCUCUCGUUGCUCGCGACUGGGGAUUUGCUGCAGCCGUGGCAUGCCAUGUUUGCUGGAUCCUGUCGAGCACUUUGCGGGUCAGAUGUACCAGAUACCUUUGCUGCGCCUCCCGCGUGGCUCCCAAACUGGGCCUCGUCGCACAAGUACUGGCAGAGCGUUUUGUCCCAGCGACAGCGACAUGGUUAAAUGAAGCUUGUUGGCAACGCUGGUAUUGGCGGGCUAUGGCUGAAGCCUUUGUCUACACUUGUGACGAGUUUCCAGUCCACUUGAUGGUGCCGGCUGCUGCUUUUGACGUCCUGUGCACAGCGGCCGUUUGGAGCGCAGUCUACACCCUGACGGACGAGCCUCCCCACCGCGCUGCCGCGGCAUACGUACUCCUUAGGCUCUCAAUUUCAGCUUUCGUUAACCACUUCCAGCAAAGCGCUAACUUGGGUUGGCUACAGAAGCUUGCCCGAGCGUGGUUUCCCCGCUCCCAAACGACCAAGGCGGAAGUCAGUUACAACCUGCUGUCUUCACAAACGCCUGUACAUAGCUCCAUGGUAUGCUGCAACAAUCCGACGAUCCUCUCGCGCAUCACUGCGGACUCGGAAAAGGACUUGGAGCCUGUACGUCUGGAGCGGCUAAGUGGCGAGCCGGCUCUUUCAUUACAACCGGCGGCCCCAGUAGUUGGGGGCAUGGAGGCCUACGAAUUGGCCCGGCGACUGGUUUCUAGCAGCGGCAGCGGCAACCCUGGCAGCAACGCCGUUGGCAGCAGCAACAGCAGCUACACCUCUGCCGCACGUAAAGUGCGUGUGAGCGUUAAGAUUCCGGACCGCUCUCCAGAGGACCUGCCGGCAGGCUGCGACUCUAAGCUCCGCAUUAAUGGGCGCCGGGAGGCAGCGCUCGUGCUCUUCACCUACAUCCGGAGGGGCUGUGUGCAGCUCAUUAUGGACGUCUUCUUCAGCGUGCCUGCUGGAGGAGCUGGCGUCGCAGACCGAGGUGGCGUCGCAGCUUCAUGCAGCAACGGCAACCCCGGGCAGGGCACUGGCGCUGGUGGCUCGGACCUGGCAGGUGUAGGACGCCAUAUGGGCUGUGGUGUAGAAGGCACGCAGCUUGUAGAGGGUGGGGAGCCUGGCUCCAGCCGCUGCAGCGGUGUUGAGGGUGCUGGCGCGGUGGUGCAGGAGCGCCUAUUGCGUGCUAUCAACGACGAGGGUCUGCUGGCUGGCCGUACGCUCACGGUGCAGGUCGGUCCCAACGUCAGUCAGGUGCACAUGUCAGCUGCUGACACGGCACUCAUUGGUAGCGGCCUGGGUGCCUUAGAACAGGAGCUGCAGCGCAUGCGUGCAGAGGCCGGACCCCCGCCUGCGCUUCCGCCCGACGUGUCCGUUUGGCCCCAGGUAGUCUGCACGAGUGGCAGCUACGAUUGUUUGGCAGGGGCGUGUGGGGUCGCAGCCAGGCUGCGCAAGUGCCAGCAGCCGAAGCAAGCGAGGGAAGUUGUGGUGGCGUGCUCAUGGCACGCAGAUCCUGCUGUGGAGGCUGCCGCCGGGUCGGGAACCAAGGGCGCUGGGCUGCAGAUCACGGCGCGGCAACAGGGGAGCUUCCUGCCGGUGGCUCUUCUGGGGCACCACGUGCACCGCGGCGGCGGGCUCAGGACUUGCCGUGAGCAGCUAGCGGAGGGUGCUGUAACAGCAGCCGUGGGGUGCCAGCAGGGACAGGGCUCCCCAGCACCUGUACAUGAGCAGCAGCGGGGCACGGGCGGGGAAACGCAGGGACUAGGGGCUUGCCAUCUAGCCUUCAUGCCGACAAGGCGCGAGGGACUCGUCCAGGUGGAGCUAUGCCGGGAAGGUGUUCACAGCGCAAUGGCAGCGAACGUCCUUUUGCUGCCUAACCGCGCUGCUGCCAACGAGCUGCAGCAAGUGCGAGCUGCUGCUGCCAGCAAGCAAGGGCCCAACAACGCGGUGGUACAGAAUGUGCUGCGGGACUUUGGGACGUUUCUGGACGUCUCAUUUUCUCUGGCGCACUGCCAUGGGGCAUCGACGGCAGCUACCCCAGGCGCUUGCGUUCCCAGCAUGAUGCAAGCCGGCACCGUGAUCGCCUGGACAAUGGCACAGCCGUGCAUACCGGGAUCUGUACCCGUUCCCUGCCACAUCAUUCUAAACGAGUCGGGGCUGGACCGCUUCCCCACUGACGCGGAUGCAGCCACCAUGAGUACGAGUACGGCGGCCCCGGAGGACGCGGCAGCAGAGCUGUGGGCCAUGCAGCAGCGCCGUGAGCAUGUGCGGGGACUAGCGACUAUUGGCAGCCGCAUGGGCUUCAACCUGUUGCAGUACUUUUUGUCUUCAGGGCUGGGGUCCUGCGCCGUACAUGUUCUGGACGUGCUGCAGGAGCGCUUCGGCAUGCCCGCUUCGUUAGUGGCCGGAUACGUUUGCCCCGAGGGCAUGACGUUGCUGCAUCAUGCGGCGCGUAGCAGCACCUUUGGUGCAGUGGCGGCUCUGGCGUGGUGGCUUGAAGAGCGGGGUGUGGCUUUGGACUGGAACGCAAGCUGCCCCUCUGGCCUGACGCCGCUGCACCUUGUUGCGGUGGCGCCGGAAUCCAGCAGCGCAUCAGCGCUGGUGCAGGUGCGCUGGCCAGCAGCACACGCAGCAUGGCGCGGCAGGGGUGCGCCGCAACAGGGGUGCUUUACGUCGCCAGCUGAGUUCGCAGCCAUGGCGCGGAGCCCCAGCGCCAUGGUUGGGAGGCAGCGCGCAGUUGACGCGGCAGUCAUGCUGGGCAUCGGGACCAUCUGGCGCGUCGCUGCCGGGCUUUGGAGGCGCGUUGUGCCGCAGGGCCUGUUGCAGGUCGGCCGGGACUAUGUGACGCCCUCGCUUGCGUUUGCCCUGCCGUCCUUGGAGGCGUCUUACGAGUCGUGGCUGGCUCGGCGCACUAUCCUGGCGGACCACCUGCUCGUGGCCCUUUACGCUGCCUACAGCGUAACACAGGUCUGCAAGCAGGGCCGGUCAUUCCUUGCCACGCAUGCAGUAGGGGUACUGCUGCUGGGGUUGCGCCUGCUCCUUCUGGCCGCGGCGUCGCUUUGCUCGGGCUACGCGGCAGGUUUGCACCGGUGGCUUCUGCCGGGUCGCGGAGCAGUACCGGGGGGGCGCAAAGAGGGGCCGGAAACGGAGGAGGCUAGUGACGACGUGGGUGCCAGGCCUGUGCGCGCCGCCUUGCGGUGGUGUGUGGUGACGCGUGAGGGCAGGGCGAUCGUUACGGAAGCAGUGCGCACCCUGCUUAUGUUGGCGAUGGCAGCGGGGCUGCUGCAGCUCCCGCACACCUGGCGCCGGCUGGUGCAGUUGCGCCUGGAUGUGGUGUACAACGUGGCUAUGCGUCCCAUGGCGGUGCAGCUCCGCACGGAGGCUUACAUCGCGUCAACGGCUAUUGCGCUUGUGGGAGAGACCGCUGUGAUGGCGUUGGCGGCCUGGGAGCCUGCGGACUGGUCCUCUGCUGCCCUGUAUACGGUGCUGGCCUUCGGACAAGGGCUGAUCACGCACACCUUGGGGUUGGGCCUUGCGGUUAUGUUGCAGGCGGCUGCCCGCAGGCGUUUCCUAGUCAUUCAACACGAGCGGAACCAUGGGGGACACGCCGGCGGAGUUGCAGUUAAGGAUUAAGAUACGCUUACCAAGGGUACGACACGAUGGCCGUUUGUCGUCUUGUUAUACUUACUAUUGAGGAAUUGUGGGCGAUGGUAGGCUUUGGGCAGAUGGUUAGGCAGGUGUAGAUUGGCGGCUCCGGCAGGAAAGUAAAAGAGGACCGGAAGGACAGGGACUUAAUGAACACAACACUAAUUAGAAGCAUGUUAGCCAUCGUAUGGGGGGCGUGGUGUAUAAUGUCGGGCGGCUGCAACUGCGUGGGGGUGUUUUGCCAAAGUGCGCGACUUCGAUGCGUGGCUGCAGUGGGAGGUGCUCCUAUGAGGGGGGAAGGGGCGCAGCUCGGAGUCCAUUUGGGGUAUCAUUCUUCAUUCAUAACUCGCCAUAACCUCGAACGCUGGUAUGUGAAAAUGCGGCAGUUGGCAUGGCCCUCGAUCGUACGUAGGAGAUAGUAUACGACACCGUUUAUGCUAAUGUUGAUGAUCAGUUCGUAUUUGUUGGGCUGACAUGCAACGCACUUACUGUGAAUAUAUACAUUUCUACCUGAAACACAUCAAUGCCGGAUUGCAGUUCUGUAGUUAUUACGCUUAUUUUCCUUCUUGUAAUUUGCUUUCCUCAUUUGUUAUACCCGGCAAAAUGUUAUAGUUAGGUUCGAAUGCUACCGGUACCGGUAUCUUUCUCGCAUGCUAUCUUUCCCGGUGUUCUACUUUCAGCAGCUCCAUGCACAGCCGCGCUCAAACACAGGUUUUCCUCUUUAUAAUUACCGCUUGGAUCCGGAUACUAUGUUUGGAAACGACAUUAGGGGCAGAGUCACCGAUGAAGCCAAACUACUGCCGUCCCGAGCUUCCGGGUUGCUGCCCCAAAACUGUAGAGCAUGUGUUACUGUUACAUAUAGAGAAAACGGGUGGAACUUCCCUGAGGACCUUCCUUCAGUCAGCCGUCAAAAGACGCUUCAAGCAUGGAGCCAUAUGCAACUACCUCAAGCACAUGCCGUACCAAUGUCAGCCCGCUGGCACCGACGGCGGUAACACCACCUGCAACGCCAGGAACUACCGCUACUACGAAGACUCCAUUGUCACGGGGAAGCACUUUAGCCGUGGCUGCCGGCUGACGUCCAGCCACCACGACUUCCGUAUCAUCGAAGCCAUCCCGCAGCACCUGCGUAACACCACACUGCUCAUCGUUAACCUGCGCGAGCCCUCCAGCCGCGCCGUCAGCCACUACCACAUGCUCCGGCGCCACGAGGAACCCCUGGCGCUCAACUCCUCCAUCAUGGACUACUUCGUGCACAACCCGCUGGGUGUCGCCAUCUCCCGCAACCGCAUGACGCGCGUGCUGGCGGGGGAGUUCUGCUGCAAAGGCGGUGCGCCACCGGUGUACGAAGACGCUGCCAUGUACGACAAGGCUGUAUCCCGGCUGCAGCAGUUCUGCGUGGUGGGCCUUACCAGCCGCGUGCAGGACACCAUGCUGUACGUGCAGCGUGCGCUCGGGCUGCCCACGGACAAGCGGCCGAAGAACCUGCACUACCACAACAACGCCAAGAGCUACCAGCCGGUGGAGCCGGAGGUACUGCGGCAGCUGGAGGCGGCGAACGCGCAUGACGUGGCGCUGUACGGGCGGGCGGAGGAGCGGUUCGCGGAGCAGAUGCGGGCGAUAGGAGUAGGUGGAGGAGGAGAGGAAGGUGGGGAUGCGGGUGGUGGUUCGGCUUGAGUGGUAACAUCGAGCGGAAGGGCCAAGGACAGGGGAGUGGGUGCUGGAGGGGAGUG